AUGAAUGUCUAUGAGAAGGCUAGCAAUACAGUAGGGAAGAGAAUGUCCUUAGAUAAGAAAUCUGAGGAAAUUGGCUCAUUUUGCAAUACAUAUAUUGAGCUGACAGUGCACCUUCCACUCAAAGCUAAGUUGCUGGUUAUAAAUGUGAAACAAAUUGCACUCAAGACCUGGGAAUGUACUGAUGAAGGCAACAAUCUUGCUACCAGUGGUUCUCAUGAAGCAAGACUGUUUAACUCCCUUCCUCCAGAGGGUCGCUCUCUGACUGAUAUUAAAGCCAGUUUCCCAAAUUCAAAUUUUGCUUUAGGAGCAGCAAUGAAAAAUAAGUGGUUAAAAAAAGAAGGGGAGAAAGUGAUCCCUGCAGUUUCUGCCAUUGAAGAUGAAGUACAGAUCCAUCUUAAAGCCAUUGCUGCUGGAGGUGAAAACAGUGUACCAGAUAAGAUUAAGGCUGAAUACAAAAAAAGAAAAUUGAUAAAAGAAGUGGAUAUGACAGUCUUUGAAGUUAGCAAAGGCAGUGCUUUCACCACGUCAGUUAUGAAGCAAGAAGCAGAGUUAACUAAAGAAAUGAUCGAAAGUGGCCAGUGGAAGGGCAAAACCUUCAAACCUUUCAACUUUAAAUCAAAAGGAAGAAUUGAACAGCGGUCUGGCUAUCUCCACCCAUUAAUGCAACUUAGAUCAGAAUUUCGCCAAAUCUUCUUAGAAAUGGGUUUCACAGAAAUGCCCACCAACAACUAUGUUGAAAGUGCCUUCUGGAAUUUUGAUGCACUUUUCCAGCCUCAGCAACAUCCAGCCCGGGAUGCACAUGAUACUUUCUAUGUGGCUGAACCAGGAAAGACAAUUAGUGUCCCUGAAGACUACUUGCAAAAGGUGAAGAAAACUCACUCUAGUGGUGGAUAUGGUUCUAUUGGAUACCAGUAUGACUGGAGCAGAGAGGAAGCUCACAAGAAUCUUCUGCGCACUCACACCACAGCUGUCAGUGCACGCAUGCUAUAUAAACUUGCUCAGGAAGGAUUCCAACCAGUGAAAUUUUUCUCCAUCGACCGAGUUUUUAGAAAUGAAACAUUGGAUGCAACACAUCUUGCUGAAUUCAACCAGAUAGAAGGUGUGGUGGCUGACUACAGCCUCAGCAUCAAGAACCUAAUGGGUUUAAUAAAGGGAUUCUUUGAAAAGAUUGGCAUAACAAAAUUACGCUUCAAACCUGCAUAUAACCCAUACACUGAACCAUCCAUGGAAAUUUUCAGCUAUCAUGAAGGUUUGAAAAAAUGGGUUGAAGUUGGCAAUUCUGGCAUGUUUCGUCCUGAGAUGUUACGACCCAUGGGAAUCCCUGAAAAGGUUACAGUUGCUGCUUGGGGAUUGUCAUUAGAGAGACCAGCAAUGAUAAUGUAUGGGAUCAAUAACAUCAGAGAACUGGUCGGCCCUCGUGUGAAGAUGGAACUGAUUCUCGACAAUCCUCUCUGCACCAUUGACAAGUUCAGAAAACAAGAUCAGCCAGACACAAGUAGUGGUCCAACAGUAGAGUCCCUCACCAAGCGGCAGGAGCUAAUUUUAGAUAGGUUGUUAGCUCUGCAAGCCAAGGUUGCCAACAUUGCUGCUAACAUGGGUGUCAAGCUGGAAGACUCUGACACUGCUGUCACCACUCAGUUGACUGGUGGACCCCAACUGGGAAUAAUUCAUGAUGUGGUUAUUUAUGCUGAUCCACGGCGUCCACCAUACAGUCUCCGAGCAUUGGCUAAUGCACUCUCCACAACUUACUCCAUCUGUUUACGAGUUCACUGUCACUCCACUGUCAAGUCUCUUAGCUUCCAGCUGUGCACCUGA